GAGGCGGCAGAGCCUCUUCAUCUCCACCGUCUUCCAGAAUUCGCAAGAAGCUUCCAGAAAAUCUCAAGAGGUCUGUGCGGGUGGCUGGUAAAGGCAUAUAUUGAAGGUCCAUCAUCUUGAUUUGAAUCUCUUCGUAGUUUCUGAUUUUCUUUGUUUAUUUUCCACUCAAAGAACAAAGGGCAGAAAAUUCCUGCUUUCUAGGGUUUUUGGCAAGCACAACAAUGGCGAAACAGGGACCUAAUUGGGACGGAUUGCUUAAAUGGAGUAUCGCUAACUCUGAUGGUACUCGUCCCCCUAGUAAUUUGAGUGAGGAGGAUCGAAGAUGGUUUAUGGAAGCGAUGCAAGCGCAGAGUGUUGAUGUAAUCAAGCGCAUGAAAGAAAUUACACUUGUAAUGCAGACACCAGAGCAAGUUUUGGAAGCUCAAGGAGUUACUGCUUCUGAUAUUGAAGAUAUGUUAGAUGAAUUACAAGAGCAUGUUGAGUCUAUUGACAUGGCUAACGAUCUUCACUCAAUUGGUGGUUUGGUUCCUCUUCUCGGUUACCUGAAGAAUACUCAUGCCAAUAUUCGUGCAAAGGCUGCAGAGGUCCUAACUACUAUUGUCCAGAACAAUCCACGAAGUCAACAGCUUGUUAUGGAAGCAAAUGGCUUAGAACCUCUCCUUUCUAAUUUUGCAUCUGACCCUGAUGUGACUGUUAGAACCAAAGCUCUUGGUGCUGUUUCCUCAUUAAUCCGGCAUAACAAACCGGGUAUUACUGCCUUCCGUCUUGCAAAUGGGUAUGCAGCUUUGAGGGAUGCUUUAGGUUCUGAAAGUGUGAGAUUUCAGAGGAAAGCUUUGAACUUAAUUCAAUACCUACUGCAUGAAAAUAGUUCAGAUUGCAACAUAGUUUGUGAGCUAGGAUUUCCUCGCUUGAUGUUGCAUCUUGCAUCUAGUGAAGAUGCUGACGUUCGAGAAGGUGCCCUACGAGGUCUUCUUGAGCUUGCUCGAGACAAAACAAAUGGGACUGGUGAUAAAUUAAUUGAACAUGAUGAUAAACUAAGGCAACUUCUAGAAGAACGAAUAAAUGGUAUCAGUUUGAUGUCUCCUGAAGAUCUUGGGGCUGCUAGAGAAGAGAGACAACUUGUGGAUUCCCUUUGGAAUACCUGCUAUAAUGAGCCAUCUUCUCUUCGUGAGAAGGGACUUCUUGUUCUUCCAGGGGAAGAUGCACCACCGCCUGAUGUAGCAAGCAAGCAUUUCGAGCCUCCUCUUAGAGCUUGGUCUGCCAACCCUUCUUCUGAUGGAACCUCUAGUGCUAAAACAAAAGCUCCUCCUCUGCUGUUAGGUUCAGCGCCUCCGUCUCAGGCUGCAGUUGUUCAAGACAACUCUAGUGCAGCGGAGAGAGAGGAUGCAGAACAUUGAUGUAGUAUAUGGGCUUUUGUCAUUUCUAUUCAAAUUUGUUUCCCCAGCUGGUGUAUCUUCUAAUCUAAUAUAUGUUCUGUUUAUUCGACUGUUACUAUCUUUAAGAAUUAUUUAUUUUUUCUUCCAUGGUA